AUGAGCUUUCACCGCGAUUCUCUCCCGCUAGGUCUCAUCCUUCAACAUGAAGCGUUCCGAAAAACGCUAGAUGGACGUCUUCUGAAUGCCCCAGUAACGGAGCCAGUCGGCCGGGUGCUCGACAUUGGCACUGGGUCUGGUCUGUGGGCAGCCGAAUUCGCUACGGAACAUCCAACGGCAGAGAUCUUAGGCAUAGAUAUAUUUCAACAGCCGACCAUUACGCAGCCAAGCAACUGCCAUCUUAUGAUCCAGGACGCGGAGCAAGAUUGGGAGGUUGGUGAUGCCAAGUUCGAUGUCAUCCAUACGCGUCUGGUUCCUUUCCACGCCAAAGAGUUGCAGGCGGUUCUUCGUCGGUGCUAUGAGCACCUCAAACCGGGUGGAUAUAUUGAGAUGCAAGAGGUCUGGCCUCCAUGCCGAACAGAUGAGCCUCCGGAGGCCCCAGAACACGCGUCUAAGGUUAUUGAGUGGACACAACUUCGGUUAGAAGCUGCAUCCAAGCUUGGAAUUGACCAAGCCAUCGCUGGCCAGUUGCCUAAGAUUUUGCAUGAGGUUGGAUUUGUCGAGGUGCAAACGCAAGAUCAUAAAUGGCCGAUAGGGCCAUGGAUGGAAGAUGAGAAAAUGAAGGACAUUGGUAAUAUUUAUUUAGAGUUAUUGCAGCUUGGUAAGAUGGAUGCCUCGAAGGAAUUACUCUCUCACUUAGGUAUGGAAGAGCGUCAAAUCAUUAAUCUUGUUGAACAAGUCGGGAAAGAGCUUGGGAUUGGAAAGCUUUAUACUCCAGUCCGGAUUGUGUGGGCUAGGAAGCAUAAGUAG